GCUAUAUUUUGCUGAUAUGUCGUCUCGAGAAAAAUUUACGCAAGGAGUUUCAUUAUUAUUUAAAACUCAAUGGACAGCAUUAAAAUUAGCUGUAGAUAUGCAAUGGGGAGGACACGAUUCCGAAGAUAAAAGAGAUUGGUUAAUUGAUGUUAUAGUGGAUUAUUUUAAUAAAAAUGGUAAAAACACCGACGUUGAUGAUUUAGAAACUAUUUUGAAUCAAGUUAUGACCGAUGAAUUUAACACUUUAUUGGAAGAUGAUUCAGCAUAUCAAAUAUCUCAAGACCUUAUUAAAAUAUAUCAUGAAUGCAUUCAAGGAAAUUACUCAACAGUAGAUUUACUACAAUCAAAACAAAAAUCAGUUAAACAAAACUCGAAGAAAGCAAAAAAUUAUGAGGACGAUGAGGACAAUGAGGACAGUAGUGAUGAAUAUGAUGAAAAAAGUCUAGAAAAUGGAGAAAACUCAACAAUGGAAAGUGAUGAGAUAACGAGCAUAAAUAACUCAACAAUAACUACAAAAUUAUCAAAAAAUAAACCUAUAAUCGACGAUGAUGGAUUUACUUUAGUAACAAGAAAACGGUGAUUAAAUUAAUUAAAUUAGCAAUAUAAAUUUAAUAAUAUUCCUCAUUUUUUUAUUGUAAAUUAUUAUAUUUAUUUUUAAUAAAUUCUUGACAUUCUUCUUUG